AUGCUGCUGCUCAAAUUGAAACAAGUUCUUCUGUUGACCUUAGUGUCUCCUUGGAUAAUAUUAGCCAACACUCACACUGAAUCCCCGGAUGGCUGGAUCACCGACAUCUGGGAUCGUUUCAGAGAAGCAGUUGACUGUACUGGCUGCCAGAUCCUCCUGGGUGGCCUCAAACUCGUGGCAGGCUUUGGUGAGACGUUCAUGGUAGAUGUCUUGACUGGGGUCUGCGCUAUCAGCGGUGCCGAGGACCCUGAUGUCUGUGCCGGAGUUAUCGCCAGAGAAGGACCUUCGGUUCAUUACUCUCUCAUGAACCUCGAACUGGGCUCCCAUACCGCCAAAACCUUCUGUGCCAGCCUCGUGGGCCUAUGCCACUACCCAGACGUACGAGAAUUUGACUUGAAGUUCCCUACUCCAAAACCUUCAGUUAGUCGGCCUCCACCAAGUGGUAAACCUCCGAUCAAAGUGGUCCAUUUUAGCGAUACCCAUGUUGAUCUUUCUUACGAAACUGGCUCCAACUAUGCCUGUUCCAAACCCAUAUGCUGUCGAUCCUAUACAGAGGGUGACGCUCCAGGUAACACUUCUUCUCCCUGUGGACCCUGGGGAAAUCCUCGUUGCGAUCCUCCGCACCAGCUGCAAGAAAGCAUGAACGCGGCCAUUGCAGAUCUAGCCCCCGCCUUCUCAAUCUACACAGGAGAUGUAGUGGCGCACGACGUCUGGCUAGUUGACAAAUCCGAAGUCCUACAAAAUUUCAACGCCACUUUCGGCGCAAUGAAAAAUAAUAUCGGUCGAGUCUACGCCGCACUCGGCAACCACGAUGCAGCACCCCUCAACUUGUUCCCAUCAUCCCAAAUCCCAAAUAGCUAUAAUCCACAGUGGGCCUACGACGCCCUCACGGUACACUGGCUAGCCCUCACAGGUCUACCAUCCAUUGAAUCCGCAAAUGAGUACGGCUCGUACUCAGCACUACACCCUAACUCCAACCUGCGAAUCAUCUCCUACAACAGCAUCCUUUACUAUAAGUAUAAUUUCUUUGCCUACACCGAACCAAUGGAACAAGACCCAAACGCCCAGCUAGGAUGGUUAAUAAACGAGCUUCAAGCCGCCGAAGCAGCCUCCCAACGCGUCUGGCUCAUCUCCCACAUCCCAUCCGGAAACCCGGACCAUUUCCACGACCAUUCUCAAUACUUCGAUCGCAUAGUCCAGCGCUACGAAGCAACUAUUGCAGCCUUAUUCUUCGGUCACACUCACCAAGACGAGUUCCAGAUCUCUUACUCGGACUAUAACAACCGAUCCUGGGAUACAGCUACAGCCAUGGGCUACAUCGCUCCAUCAAUGACACCGACUUCCGGCCCGCCUUCUUUCCGCGUGUACGAUAUCGACCCCGUCACAUUUGCCGUGCUGGAUUUCGCGCAGUAUAUCGCCGAUAUCGAUCAAGAAUCGCCCAAAUGGGUUCAAUAUUACUCUGCGAAAGAAAGCUAUGGAUCCCGCCUCGAGUACCCGGUGACGGAGCCUAGCGCAGAACUAUCGCCGGCUUUUUGGCACAAUGUAACCGUGGCUAUGGAGGAUGAUCAUGCGGUUUUCGAGAAUUUCUGGGCACGGCGGACGCGUGGGUUUCAGGUUCCGAGUUGUACUGAGGACUGUGUUAGUGGUGAAAUCUGUGCACUGAGGGGAGCGGAUGCGCAGUAUAACUGCUAUGUGCAGAAGGUUGGGUUUAGUUUUGAGAAGCGAGAUGAGAGUCGCGCUCGUGAGAGGGUCUUACCUGAGUGUAACCAUGCAGGGAUGGCGCCGUUGUUGGCGAAGAUUGCUCGUCAGGCUAGACUUGUGAAGGAGGAGCAGCGCUAA